AGAGCACACUGUGGGGGAGAGAAAAGUAGCAGAGUCUGUGUGCGUGUAGUGUUUGUGAUUGCGCAUGAGAGAAAGAGAGAGAGAGAGAGAACCGUUUUUGGUGUGGCUUGAGGCAGAGAGCGCGUGAGUAAGAAGAGUGUGAGGGCGGGAAAACACUCGGGAUUCCUUAAAAGUCGAUUUCUGACUGGUUGUAUUUCAAGUUGCAGAUGCCGACAGAUGCGCUCAAAGACAGUAUCAGUAUCGAGGAAACACUGGUGAAGUGUGAUAGUAUGACUCUGUCCAGUGCACCGCCUUUACGCAGAGGAAGUACCCCUCUGCCAAUCAAACACCAGCUCAGACGGGAAGAAGCAGUUCAUGAUGAUUGUGAUUGGACAUCAGGGUUGGCUGGACCUUCUCCUCCUCCAAUCAGUUUCAGCCUGGCAAAGGAUGAGACCAUCACCUCAGCGGUAGAGGGGAGACCCCCCUCUGAAGGGCCCUUUCGAAUUGCCCUGCUGGGUCAGAAUGGGGUGGGCAAGUCAUGCCUUGCUAUCGCCUUGGCUGGGGAUUUGGAUCGAACUGCAUCUGUGGAUUCUGAAGGGGAGGGCUAUGUGCACACUGUUACCGUGGACGACGAGGACUGCACCAUCCUUAUCUACGACAACUGGAGGCAGGACCUGUCUGAUCUCCAGUGUGAGGUGUGUGUCCUGGUGUUCUCUGUGACGGACAGGCGGAGUUUCCACCGCACCGCCCAACUCCGCCUCCUCCUCAGGGAGACGCAACCGCAAACUCCCAUCAUCCUCGUGGGCAACAAGAGCGACCUGGUCCGUUCACGUGAGGUCAGCACUCAAGAGGCCCUCACCAGCGCUUCUCUGUUUGACUGUCUAUAUGUAGAGAUGUCAGCUUCUCUGGAUCACCGCACGGCAGAGCUCCUGGAGUAUGCUGUGAGGUUAGCCAGGGGCCUCAGCCCGGUGCCUCCAGGGGCCUGUGGGCACGACAUGGCUGGCGGCCGGGAGAGCAUCACCCACCGUGCCAAGCGUUUCCUCACUAGCCUGGUCCCACGCUACCCCCGCGAGAGGGAACGAGAGGGGGGCAAGUUCUUUAGACAAAAGUCCCGGUCCUGCCAUGACCUGGGUGCCCUGUGAUCAGGGAUGAUGGAAGGGAUAGAAAGAGAGAGGGUUGGCUAGAAAGAGAGAGGGCUGGCUAGAAAGAGAGAGGGGUGACUAGAAAGAGAGGGGUGGCUAGAAAGAGAGAGGGGUGGCCAGAAAGAGAGAGUGGUGGCUAGAAAGAGAGAGGGGUGGCUAGAAAGAGAGGGGUGGCUAGAAAGAGAGCAAGAGGGAAAUAAGAUGUAAGUAAUCGCAAAAUAGAGAUGAUUCGAAGAGGUAAAUUAUGGUGACGAGAAAAGUGAGUGUCAAUGUGUGAGUGUAAAAGUGAGUGAUGGGAAGAGGACACAGUUGUGGGGGAUGACACAUGCAUAAAGCAGAGAAGAGCAGGAAGAGAGAAUUGCAUUAAAGAAGAGAUGGAUGUAUCUGGGUUUAUUUGUGUAAAAAUGUUGUACUAGAGAACCAUAGGUGAUAGAUAGAAAACCAUUCAUUAGCUAAACACCUGUAAAUACAACACAAAACAUCAUACUGUAGUGGCGGAAUUGAUUAUCCACCUCUAUUCCCAUGUGAUUUCAUUGAGGAUCAAAUAAAAUAGUUAUAGAAGUCA